AUGUGGGGCAAACCUCAGGCUCCAAAGCCUGAGGAGGACGAGUCUGGGAGGCAGGGGCAGGUUUCCCAUGGAGGACUGCUCCCUAGGGCUGUCAUAUCUCAGCAGCAGAGCAGCGACCAACCUCAACCCCCUGGGAUGGAGGGGCAGCAGCAACAGGCUGCACCAGCAUCGUACUACUUCAACAUUCCAGCACCACCAGCAGCAGAGCGGACUCUAUACCCAUCCAUGGAUCCACAGAGGAUGGGUGCUAUAGUAAAAUCACAGGACAGUGAAGGCAAACCAGGGCCGCAGCAAGCCGGGCAACCUCAGCCAUCAAGCAGCUCAGCACAGGGCGGCUAUCCUGCACCACCACCAUACUACCAUGGUUAG